UCUUGUGCACGGGCUAUCACUUGUCCCUCCCUCGAGACUCGAUCAGAAUCUCCCGCUGCUCGCCCAAAUUUUGCACGAUUGUGUUGCAAUCUGUUACCAAGCCGUGCAGGAACUGCUCAACUAGGUUUCGCGAAGAUGAUGGAAUCCUCGCCGUUUCUGAGGAACUCCUCGUCCAUCCGGCAACCCAAGUACGAUCGCACCACGUUGCACAACGUUAGCGAUGGGCGGCAGCUCUUUCUCGGCGUGGAUGUGGGCACUGGCAGCGCUCGAGCAGGGGUGUUUGAUGGAGAGGGGAAAUUAGUGGGGACUGCAAACAGCCCUAUUCAAAUUUGGAAGGAUGGGAAAUUCGUCGAGCAGUCCUCCACGGACAUCUGGCUAGCUAUCUGCACCGCAGUAAAGUCAGUAUGCGCAAAGUAUCGUCUUAACGAUUAUGACAUUUGUGGCAUUGGAUUUUCAGCUACUUGUUCCCUUGUGGCGAUAGGCACCGACGAUUCGCCUGUAUCAGUUUCAAAGACGGGUGAUGCAAGGCGUAAUGUGAUCGUGUGGAUGGACCAUAGAGCGGAAGAGCAGGCAGAGCGUAUUAAUGCCUCUAAGUCUCCAGUUUUGCAGUUUGCAGGUGGUUCUCUGUCUCCCGAACAUCAGGCACCCAAGCUACUCUGGGUCAAAGAGAAUCUAGAAGAAUCCUGGGCCAUAGCAUUUCGUUGGAUGGAUUUGAGCGACUGGCUGACUUUUAGGGCAACUGGCGACGAUACUCGAAGUCUGUGUACAACAGUAUGCAAAUGGACCUACUUGGGGCAUGCACAUCUAGAACAGAUGUCAAGUAAGGACUCAGUGGCAAUGAAAGCUAGUGGAUGGGACGAUCUUUUCUGGCAAGAGAUUGGCCUUGGUGACCUUGUUGAAUCGGGGUACUCCACAAUAGGAAGGAACGUGGCUUUUCCUGGUCACCCGCUUGGACUUGGCCUCUCUCAUUUGGCCGCCCAGGAACUUGGUUUGAAGGAGGGAACACCAGUUGCGACAUCCUUAAUCGAUGCUCAUGCAGGUGGUAUUGGAACUCUUGAGAGCAUCCCAAGGAGCCCUGGAGCAGUAUCGGGUGCUAGUGAUGGUACUGAUGCUUUGUGUCAAAGAAUGGUUCUGGUUUGCGGGACAUCAACAUGCCACAUGGUUGUUUCACAUGAGAGACAUUUUAUCCCUGGUGUCUGGGGUCCCUUCUGGUCAGCUAUGGUUCCUGAGUUGUGGCUUACGGAAGGAGGUCAGAGUGCGACUGGGGCGCUUCUGGAUCACAUUGUUGAGACCCAUCCUGCUGCUCCUGCCCUUGCCAAUCGAGCUGCUCACCAGAAACUGUCAAUCUACGAUGCGUUGAAUGGUAUAUUGGAGGACCUUGCAGCUGAAAAAAAUCUGCCAUUUCAAAGUGCCUUGACAAAAGACAUUCAUGUGUUACCUGAUUUCAAUGGAAACAGAUCCCCACUGGCAGACCCAAAAUCAAGGGGAGUUGUAAGCGGCUUAUCUUUGGAUGCUAGUCCAGAGGAUCUUGCUCUCCUUUAUUUGGCAACAGUUCAAAGUAUCGCUUAUGGGACAAAACAUUUAGUGGAACAUUGCAAUGCUCAUGGGCUUAAGAUUGAUACGUUGUUGGCCUGUGGUGGCCUCUCAAAGAACAAGUUGUACAUUCAAGAGCAUGCCAACAUAGUAGGAUUCCCAGUUGGAUUGCCUAGGGAAAACGAGGCCGUUUUGCUUGGCGCAGCAGUGCUUGGAGCAGUAGCUGCUAAAAAGUACAGCAGCGUCAGAGAUGCCAUGGUUGCACUGAAUGCCCCUGGUCUGGUGGUGGAGCCUUCACAAGAUGAGCGUGUCAAGAAGUACCACAAUGCAAAGUACGAGAUUUUUAGGUCACUCUAUGAGCAGCAAGUCUCGUAUCGGAAGACAAUGGCAGAGGCUUUGACUUAACGGAUAGCAUUGUAGCAAUCCAAACUCCCAGUUUGCCGUGUAUAGCAAGUUGAUGACCAGUGCUUCAGACGCAGGGGACAAGAUCAACAGCGGUACUUGCUGCAAUUGUAUAUUUGCUGAUUACAUGUUUGCCUUCCGUGUGUUUA